GAGAUAAAGAUGGCAGCAAAGUGACCACAGUGGUGGCGACCCCUGGACAGGGACCUGACCGGCCGCAGGAGGUCAGCUACACUGACACCAAGGUCAUCGGGAACGGCUCUUUUGGCGUGGUCUAUCAGGCCAAGCUCUGUGAUUCAGGAGAACUGGUGGCCAUUAAGAAGGUCCUUCAGGACAAGCGAUUUAAGAACCGUGAGCUUCAGAUCAUGAGAAAACUGGACCACUGCAACAUUGUGCGUCUGCGUUAUUUCUUCUAUUCCAGUGGAGAUAAGAAAGAUGAGGUGUAUCUGAAUCUGGUUCUGGACUACGUCCCUGAGACCGUCUACAGAGUGGCGAGACACUACAGCCGCGCUAAGCAGACCCUUCCCAUGGUUUAUGUAAAGUUGUACAUGUACCAGCUCUUCAGGAGUCUGGCCUAUAUCCAUUCCUUUGGGAUCUGCCAUCGGGACAUCAAACCGCAGAAUCUUCUGCUGGACCCAGACACGGCGGUGCUCAAACUCUGUGACUUUGGCAGUGCUAAGCAGUUAGUACGUGGGGAGCCCAAUGUUUCCUACAUAUGCUCACGGUACUACAGAGCCCCUGAACUCAUCUUUGGAGCAACCGACUACACAUCCAGCAUAGACGUGUGGUCAGCUGGCUGCGUGUUGGCGGAACUGUUGCUAGGACAACCAAUUUUCCCCGGCGACAGCGGAGUGGAUCAGCUGGUGGAAAUCAUCAAGGUGCUGGGCACUCCCACACGGGAGCAGAUUCGAGAAAUGAACCCAAACUACACCGAGUUCAAAUUCCCGCAGAUUAAGGCCCACCCAUGGACUAAGGUGUUUCGGCCACGCACGCCUCCUGAAGCCAUUGCGUUGUGCUCGCGGCUGUUGGAGUACACGCCGACUGCUCGACUGACCCCGCUAGAGGCCUGCGCUCACUCCUUCUUUGAUGAACUGCGGGAUCCCAAUGUCAAACUUCCUAAUGGACGUGAGAAACCAUCCUUAUUCAACUUCACAACUCAAGAACUGUCCAGUAACCCAUCCCUGGCCUCGAUCCUAAUUCCUGCUCAUGCACGAAACCAGGCAGGAGCUUCUACCCCCACCAACGCCUCUGCCACUUCAGAUGCCAAUAGUGGAGAUCGCAGUCAGACCACAACUGCAGCCUCUGCCUCCACCUCCAACACCUCAACCUGAGAGCCCCAGCCAAUCAGACCUGACCCUGCCUCCGAGGCCACGCCCACCCCACUGCUCACCAGCUUAAUGGGCAGGAUUUGAGUCAUGUAACCACCACUCUUAUUCAGACUGCAAGAGCCAACCUUCAUUUACGUCUUUUUUUUUUUUUUUUUACAAAGUUCAGAAUGAUACAUGUGGAAAAGCCUCGUCGGGUGUAAUUCACGAGAGCGACAGAGACAGAGAAAAAGAGAGAGCAGUCAGGAAACAGGUCGGGAAGGGGGGGUUAAACCAUAAAACCUGGUCCGUGACCAGCCGGAACUUUUUUUUUUUUUUCUUCUCAUUCUCAGAGGACAAUCUUAUUAUGUAAGCAAUCCGGUAGCCAGAUCCAUCCACUUCCGUUCGCAUUUGGGCUCCCCUUCUCUCACCUGGACCGUCUCUAGCUACACGUUCUCUCCCUUUAUACUGUCCUGGGCCUUUAAUAGCGCAUGGCUUGAAUUUGGUUGGGAGCACCCCAUGUAUACAGUACAUAUAUAUAUAUAUAUACAGUAUAUACAUAUAGUGUGUAUAUUCAUAUAUAUGUAUAUGUAUUGGGUGAAAAUGAUGCAAGCAUUCAAAACUAGAGGAAAUAUUGUAUCUAAGCGUAUCUAACAAACACAAGGCACCGUACAAGAGGUACAAAUAUAAAAACCGCAUGUCAACCACAAAGACAAGAGAGAAACACUCUGUUACAGGGUUUUAAGUCGGCUGAAUCUGUUUUAUCUUGUUUUAUAAAAUGGGCGGGCUGUAGGGGAGGGGCAGACAUUUUGAUUGACAGGUGAGACAUGCGUCUCCAUCUCUGUGUUCUUGUAUGAUAUAUACAUACACAGUUUAUAUAUUACUUUGCAUUAUGUAAAAUAAAUAUAUAUAUAUAGUUAUAUAUAGAUCUAUAUCUAGCAUCAGAAUCCAUCACAGUUUGUCAGUGCAGCGGCCACAUACUGAAAUGAUACAGUAUGUGAAUGACUAAGACUCUGCUGGAGCUCUUUUCUAGCAAGCGUUUCGCGCUUCUCUGCUGUUUUCUGUUAGCCUGGUAGAAUUAUAGAUCACCUUCUGUCCUGAUUUCCUCUCGUUAUUUAUUGCCGCGUGUGCGUCAGUGUCGUGAUGUUCAGAUUCAUUGUUCUUAUCCACACAGCUAAACAUAAAGAACACAUGAAGAGACGCAUCGAUGUGGCGCCGACUUCACAGAGACUGUGUUUGAGCUCCAUUCGCAAUGUUAAACUGAAAUGGCUGUGUUGUUUUAACCACUACUUUUUUCUUCAUCAUGUCUCAGCAUAACGUAUGGAAAAAUGUACUUUUUUUAUUUCCCAAAAUGUCUUAAUACACAAAGUAUAGCAGUAUAAGAAAACGACAGACGUGUAUAUACAGUACAGCACAGUUGCUCCUCACCAAAUUCUGGCUUUUACUUUUAAUUUUUAUGUUUUGUUUUGAUUUUUGUAUAAUUUGUGAGCGUGUGUGAUUGUGUGAGUGAGUGUUCUGCUAUGUACAUAAAUAUGCUGACCUGAGAACUGUUAAUGAGCGAAAACAAAGACGUGGGAUUAAAUGAAAAAUGGAUCAAAGAAAAAAUGUAAAAGAUCAGGGCAAACAUGACCUGUUUGUUGGAUACUGUAGACAAGGAGCUUUCUCCAGCCAUAUAGUUCAAUCUUAGCUGUACAGUAGGUGCCAGCUAUAUUAUUGUAACUAUAACUAGUAAUGUAUAGUGUAUCUAUAGUUUGGAGUGCCUUUGCUUCCAUACACUUCCUGUCCCUAGACCACACCCACUUCCUGUCCACACACAAGACAGACCACGCCCCUUCCUGUGACCAUCUGCAGGUGCUGUUGAUUGGUCUGAAUGACUGACAGCCGAAUUCAUUUCCUAUCAGAAACCACAUUCGAUGGCAUUUCUGUAGAUGUUUUUCCUCACUUGAUUUUUUUUUUUUUCUCGAGUUUGGCACAAAGGUGUUUUUGUGUGCGGAGGAGUCACGUUCCUGUGGAGCCAAUCACAAUGUAUGUUCUUACACUCGUUCCACUACCAAAGUGAACCAACUAUGAGCGUGUUGUGAUGGAACUGCAACAUCCCAGGGGCAAUAAUAAUGAUUUCUUUUGUGUUUUCGGUCGUUGGCCAGCCGACAGUAUGCGGUAGAGAUGUCACGUAGCACCCGCCGGACCCUCAUCCCCGCACCCUCAAUGUAAAGCUUGCUUGUAAGAUGCGCAUUCAUAGAUGUGUUGCUUUCCACGAAUGGUGUGACCACUUCACGUGACUAAAAUUAGAGUACAAAUGUAAAGACACAAGGUUUAAAAACAAUUACCAAAAAAAAAAUGUUUUAAGGACUGUGGGCUGAAUACAGACUAUCACAUUACAUACACUUAUUGGGAAAAAAGUUGUCUUGGUUUAAAAUGGAAAAAAGGAAGAAAAAAAACAACAACCUGUAUAACAUUAAUAUUACUUGAAUGCCUCUGUUUGUGACUGAAAUUUUUAUUUUAUUUUAAAUAUAUUCUUUUUCUGUGAAGGUAUGCUAAAUGUCUCCUCUCCUUGUAAAUAUGUCCGUUUUGGUCCUUGGUGUGACUUGGAUUCAGAGACUAGUUACCUGGUACUGUAAUUUGCAUUAAAUAAAGAGUAGGAUAGCUUGGAAAUGA